AUGGGCAGGGCUAUGGGCACGGAGCUUGUCCCUCCGAAGGCCAAUAUAUAUGUGUUCAAGAAAGAAAUGAAAGCAUUGAAGUGGUUUAUCAAGAAAUGUUCGUCAUCUUUAAUAUUAAGAUUCUUUCGAUUUCUUGAUGAUAUUCUAUGCAUUUGGAUUACUACUGAUAAAAAUAUUAUUGAAGAUUUACUUAAUCUGUUAAAUCAGACUAAUAAUAACUUAAUAUAUACAUUUAAAAGUAGUACAACAAAAGUUAAUUUCCUAGAUGUUAAUAUUAUUAUUAAUAAAACACUAAAUCGUCUUGAAACGCCAUUAUAUGUUAAGCCAUCAAACACGUUUCAAUAUUUGCAAUAUACAUCAUCACAUCCUCGUUACGUCAUCAAUAACAUCCCUCUGUCUCUCUCCAAUCGUAUUGUUCGUUUAUGCUCUUCACCAUCUACAAUGUGGCGUGAAUUUUAUAAUCUAUUCAAUCGUCUGUUAGCACGCGGCCACAGAGCAUCUGAUA